AUGUGUUAUGCCUGUAGGACAUUUCAUCUUGGUUUCUGCUAUGACACCAUGACUUCCUGCAACCUCAAGUACCAACAGUCCUGUGCCAUCGAGAACAUUUACAUUCUUACUAAGAAAGGGAGGAGUAUGUAUUUUUAUUCAAGGCUGUCAUGUAUGUUCAACUGUGAGGACAUCAACUUUCUAUCUUUUGGCAAGAAGAUUGAGCUUAUCUGUUGCAAACACAAUGACUAUUGCAACAUCCCUGAGGGAAGUUAG